UAUUCACAGGAAUGAGAGUACAUGAUGCCAAAAGCAAUGGCGUGCCUUUGGCAUUUGAGGAGAAACAGCUUCUGGAGGGAUUGGGAGGUCACCACCUUUUCCUCAGGAGAGUCAGCGCCGCUGACAUCAGAUUUUUGCCUCGGUGCUGGCAAACCGUCAGAGGCUUCUCCGACAUUCGAGACUCCGGAAAAGUCACGGGACCACGGUACUAUCCGUCGCUUUCGCAGACUUUGCGGAACACCCGCGGCCGAGAACUGCUACGCAUUGUCGAUACUGCAGUACCAAACCUCCAGAAUGAGCAAGAGUUCCUCAUCGUUCUCAAGGCGCUGGCCCUGGAUGGCCAGUUCCGCCGGGCCUUGCGCCUGUUGAGGGAGAUGAAGGACGUUGGCAUUGAGCUGGACAUUGCUAAGUACAACUUGGUACUUGCUGCCAUGGCCAAGGACAAGCAGGUGGAUCGUGCCUUGGCCAUGUUGGCGGAGAUUAAACAGAAGGGCCUGGCUCCGGACUUGGAAAGCUACAACCACUGCGCAGGAGCGUGCAAGCCAAAGGAAUGGGAGCAGUCGCUUCACAUUCUGCGGGUUCUGAUGCCAGAGGCGGGCAUUGAGGCGGAUGCGCAGAGCUUCGAGCACGCGGCGGCCGCGUGCGAAGAAGCGCACGAGUGGCAGAAGUCGUUGGCACUUUUCCUGGAGAUCGCCGAGCGGGGACUUUCUGCAAGCUCGGUUGGGCACAACUAUGCCUUAUCGGCGUGCCGUCAAGGCAAGCGCUGGCAGCAUGGUUUUGAAAUCAUGGAUAUGAUGAAGGAGAAGACUUUCGAGCCGGACUUCCGGCUGAAGAUGGACCUGGAUGCGCAGAGCCGGGGCCUGGAGAAGGCGCCGCCCCCGGAGCCCAGCAGCCGCUCCAUGCCGAGCCCGGACAACGUCUGGCAGCGGAAGCAGCAGCUGCGGGAGCUCCGGGAGCAAGACAAGCGCCGCCAGGAGGAGCGGCGGUUGGAGGAGGAGCGCCAAAAGCGUCUCCGCGAGGCCCAUGGAAUACCGGCAGAAAAGCCGGCCGAGAAAUCGGCCGAGAAACCGGCCGAGAAGCCGGCCCAGAAACCGGCUGAGAAGCCGGCCGAGAAGCGAGCCGAGAAGCCAGCUCCAAAGGCCGCGAAGCCGGCGGAAAAGGCUCAGCCGGAGGAGAGGAGCCGCGCGCCUGAGAGGAUGAGAGAUGCGCCCAGAGAAGCCAAGAAAGUUGAGAGCACGGAGCCCGAGCCCCGCCAGCCCAGGGAGCAAAGGGAGCCUCAAAACCGGCCGCGGCGGGAUCCAAAGAAGCCAAAGCUGCGUGCCCCGGGCUCCUACGUCCUGCCGGUCUUUGCGCAGCAUGACCGCUCCAACCAUGCAGAACGCCAGGCGCUAAUCAAAGUCAUUGCGCGGGUGCAGGAGGCGUCUGCAGCCAAAACAGAUGCGGAGUUUGAGGCCGAGUGCGCACAGGUGACUGGUACCGUUCGACUCUAUGCUUCACACACUCCCUGCAUUUCAUGCAUGGCCUGCUUCUGUCAGUUUCAGCGCCUCUUCCCCAAAGUGAAGCUUUGCGUGGACUUCGACGAUUGGCGCGAUACACGUCGAAUGGUGGAGAUGGCCCGCCGCGAGGAAGAGCAUAAGAAGAGGGGCACCACUCCUCCAAACUAUGAUUGUCCAGGCUUGUCUGACAUGUCUGAUGAGGAGCAGCCACCAGAGCUGGAGGAGGAUGCAAGCGGAGGCAGUCAAUCCGCUGUAGCUUGAUUGUCCCCAGUUGUGGCUGACGUGAUGCGCGACAGCACACGGCCAGUCUGAUCCCGUGUGUUG